GGCAUAGAAAACAAGGGAAGUCAAAAUGGAAAUGCAAAUAAAGUUAACCACAUUCUCUUUAUUGUUAUUGCUAGCUUCUUCUGUGAGAGCUCAACCUAGGGUAUUUGAUGUGACAAAAUAUGGAGCAGCACCUAAUGGAGACUUAACUCAGGCUUUGGCUAAUGCUUGGAAAGAUGCAUGUGCAUCACUAACUCCAAGCAAGGUUGUGGUCCCUGGAGGCAUAUACAAGUUAAAUCAAAUAGAACUUAAAGGACCUUGUGGGGCUCCUAUUGAGGUUCAGGUUGAUGCAACAAUUCUAGCACCACAAGACCCAAGCCACCUUAAUGGAGAUACUCAAUGGAUUAAAUUUACCUAUAUUAAUUUCCUUACCUUGUCUGGUGGGGGAACUUUUGAUGGUCAAGGUGCAAUUGCAUGGACCAAAAGUACUUGUGGUAAAAUGAAGCAUUGCAAGCAACUAUCCAUGAAUUUCGGCUUUGGUUUCCUCAAUAAUACGAUUAUCCGGGACAUAACAUCAAAGGAUAGCAAAUAUUUCCAUGUCAAUGUUCUCGGUUGCAACAACAUUACAUUUAUAAACUUCCACGCUAUUGCACCUGGAAAUAGCCCAAACACUGAUGGAAUCCACAUUGGAAGAUCAACUCUAGUGAACAUUACUAACACAAACAUUGCUACUGGCGAUGAUUGCAUCUCUUUGGGUGAUGGCAGCAAACAGAUUAAUGUCUUAAAUGUGACAUGCGGACCCGGACAUGGCAUUAGUGUUGGAAGCCUCGGAAAGUAUCCAAAUGAAGAACCUGUAGAGGGUAUCACAGUCAGAAAUUGCACACUCAACAACACAGAUAAUGGUGUGAGGAUCAAGACUUGGCCUGGUACUCCAGGAGCUAUUACAGUGUCUGAUUUGCAUUUUGAGGACAUUGCCAUGUUUAAUGUCAGGAACCCUGUAAUUAUAGAUCAAGAGUACUGCCCUUGGAACCAAUGCACAAAACAGACUCCAUCAAAAAUCAAAAUCAGUAAGGUUACCUUCAAAAACAUUUAUGGCUCUUCUGCGACUCCAGAAGGAAUCAUUCUCAUUUGUAGCAGUGGUGUACCAUGUGAAGAUGUGGUGCUUAGCAACAUAGAUCUCACAUUCAAUGGAACCAAUUCUGCUGCUAAAUUUGCUAAUGUCAAACCCAUAAUUCAGGGGAAAAUACCUUCUAUCGAUUCGUCGCCUGGAGUUUCGCCUGCAGGACUUGGUGACUAAUGAGCACCUUCUCUUACGGGCUUUGAACAUUUCUCUUUAAUUCUGUAUAUGAUCCUGGAAAUAAUUAACCCUUUGUAAAUUGUAAUCCUUGGCAAACCAAUAUCACAUUCAUAAUUUAAUUCUAGUUUGAAUUUCAAAUAAACAGUCUGGGAUAUAAGUCACUCAUCACUUCAUA